AUGAAUAAUAGGAAAAGAAGCAAGUAUGAAAAAAGCGAGUGUGUGUCAUUACCCUUAGAAAAGACAGAUUUACUGAUUGAAAAUAUACAUAAUUUAAAAAAUUCAUUAAAUUUAUAUAGGAAGGAAAUACAAGAAAAAAACAAACAUAUUGUUGAUGUUAAAGCUGACUUGAAUUUUUAUGAAUGUCUUUUGACCAAUAUUAACAUAGUAUGGAAUAUAUUUAAUAAAGAUUUAUUAACCUUAAUAGGUGAUUAUAAAAAGUUAGAACAUUUCCGGAAUAACUCUGAAAAAGCUGCAUUGAUUGAUAAUCCACACGAUGCAGAAGGAGGAAGAGAUGAUUCUGUUAGUAAUAAAUCACAUGAUGGAAAAGAAGAAAAUAAUUCAUCUCAAUGUAAUUGGAAUUGUGAAAUAGGGAAUAAUGAACCCAUGUCCCCUUACUAUGACAUUGAAAUAUUUCAAAAACUUUUUUUAAAGUACGUAAAUAAACAUAAUCAGGAAAAUGACGAAGAGGAGGAGGCCGAUUUUUUCAGAUCCAUGUUUGAGGAUGAUAUUUGUGGAGGAAAAAACAUAAAGGUUAAUGGAAGGGAAAAAAAGAACAGAAUGGAGGAGGGAGAUUUUUCAAAUGGUAAAAAGUUGGUAAAAAAAGAAAGAAAGGAUUAUAAUCAAGAUGAAAAGCAUACCUAUUACAAUAAUAACCGUAAUGAUUACGACUGUGAUAAUGGACAAGCUGAGAAUUGUGAAAGGAGCUCGAAGAAAGGAGAAGGGAGAAUUCAUUAUGUAACUGAAAAAAUAGAGCACCAUAAAGGAAAAAAGAUCAAGAAUAUUAUACUCAGUGAAAACGAAAAGAAAGAACGAAAUAAGAAACAAGGGAAUGAGUUAUUAUUGUCGAAUGUGAUAAAAAUAAAACAAGAAGACAAUAAAUUUAGGAAAAUGGUAGGCCAUGAAAAGACGGCUGAGAAUGGUGUGGAGGAUGAAAAAAGAAUUCAUUUGAGUUCUCAUGAGAAAAUCAAUUUGGGGUCUGAAAUUGGAACUGUGUCUAAUUUUUUCUCUCCUACAAGAGAUGAAGUAACAGUUCCUGCAAAUCUUCCUCUCAAGGGAGAGAUGUCACAAAAUGGAGGGGAUCCCUCGGGGUGCCUCUCAACUUUGCGUGAAGCAGAUGUGGCAGCAAAUGAGGCCACAAAUGAGACGUCACAUCAGAGGGAAGGCCGAGUGACAAACCUGCAACCACAUGGGUUCUCCACGAAUGCCAAAGUGAAGAAAGAAAGAAGUGAAUACAGAGAAGGAUUAGAUGAUCCGGUUUUCGAUAAGAGAAACAUAUUCGAGCAGAAACUGCAAAUGACCUUUCUGGGGAAUAUAAAAAGAACCAUCAGUUUCAUAAACAAAUUAAUGGAAAUGAAAACUGUUGUAGUAAAUCACAACAUUGAAUAUAUAAGAAAAAUAAAUUAUGAAAAAAAUAUAUAUUAUGAAAAAUACAUUAUGGAAAAAAAGAAAAAGAACGAUGUGCAAAAUAAAUUUGAUGAGUUAAAAAUUGAAUUAGAUCGAACUGAAAAAAAGAUCGCCUCUCUUCUUUUUAAAUUAAAUAAUGAAAACAUAUGUAAGAAUAUUUUGAACAAAGAUGAUGAUGAUGAUGAACCCGAUACAAUGAACAAAAAUACGUUGAAUGAAAUUGUGAAAACAGAUGAAUUGUUACAAAAUGAGGUGAAUAAAAUUACAUGCACGAAUUGUGGAUUUCAGAAUAACAAUGUUGGAGAUGUUAUUUCGAAGGACCAAAAGAGAAGCGAGAACUGUUCUUCAAUUAUCAAAAACGAGAAAAACAUUUCAGGGGAAUGGAGAAGAAGAGGUAGUGAAAAUGAGGAAAUGAUGAACAGCAGCUAUAACAGUAGCAGUAGUAAUGAGAAAAAAAACUCCCAGGAAUCCUUGACAUAUGUAAUGAAUUUUGAAAAAAUUAUAACAAAAGAGAAAAUUCUAAAAAGUGAACCGUUUAAGCAACUAAUAGAUGAAUCGACUCAGAUUUACAAAGAAUUAAAAGAAAGAGAAAAUGAAAUCUCUCUUUUAAAAAAAGAAAUUAUGAAAAUGGAAAAUUUACGAGAUGAAGAAUAUGAAAAUCUACUUAACGAAACUAUGAAUGAUAAAAAUUGUUUAAUUAACAAGAUAAAAAAUUUACAAAUUGAUAUUAUGACAUGCAAAAUGGAUAAGGAAAAAAUGCAGGGGAAAAUAAAUAUAAUGGAAUAUGAAAUUAACAUUUUGAAAGGAAUUGAAAAGAAUCAAACGAUGCAAUUAGAUCAGAAGGAAAAGGAAAUUUCAAGAAUGAAAGCACUUGUUGAGAAAUUAAAGCUAUCGGAGAAUAAUUUGAUGAAUAAAAUUCAAUCUAUGGAAAUUGAAGGACAAGUUAGUGAUAUAACUGAAGUAGGAUCGCACGUGGUACAUGAAGAGGAGGGAAGAAAGCUCCCAAAUGGUAAGUGUGAACCCGUAUUAGAAUCUGGAAAAGGAAGACAUACAACAGGUUCAGGAUUGAAGCAUGGCGCAGAGAAUGGCCCAACCAUGGAUUCAUACAAGGAACUUCUGACAGAAAACAAACAGCUGAAACAUGCUUUGGAGAAAAAAAAAAAUGUAGAGAAAGAAUUGGAAAAUUUGAAGAAAAACUACGAUGAUAUGAGUGAAGAAAUAGAAGAAAUAACAAAGGAGUUUGAGAAGAAACAAGAACAAGUAGAUGAAAUGAUUAUUCAAAUAAAGAAUAAGGAAUUAGAAUCAUUGGAAAAGUACAAUAAUAUGAUAAAUAAAGCAUAUGUAGAAGAAAAUUUAAAACAACUUGAACUUAGUUAUGAAGAGAAAAUUUCAUCCAUAAGUCGAAUAUAUGAAAAGUAUGAAAAUUUUGUGAAUUUAUAUUUAACUUUAUUUUAUUAUGCAAGAAAAAGUGCAGUUAUAUCUGAUAGCGCAAGAGAAGAACAGAUGAGUAUAUUCAUCAAAUUGAAAGAAAAAUAUGAAUCUAUAUUUCAAAAGAAAAAUGAAAUUGCACAAAUUUUACACGAGGUAUAUGGUUCUAACAAGAAAUUGAUAGACAAAUGUAACUUGUUGUAUCGAGAAAAUCAACAUUUAGAGAAAACCAUUAUUUCAAGUCAAGGGAAAAAAGAAUCUAAAAAUGUUUCUUCCAAAACGAAAGAAGAGAAGAAGGAUGAAAAUAAUGACGAGGAGGAUAACCAUUUGUUAAUUGAGGAAAAUAAUGAACUAAGAAGAAGAUUAAUUUGUAGUGUGUGCAUGGAAAACUUUAGGAAUUACAUUAUUGUAAAGUGUGGUCAUAUAUAUUGUGAAAAUUGCAUUUUUAGUAAUUUGAAGACGAGGAAUAGAAAAUGUCCGCAAUGUAAAAUACCCUUCGAUAAGAAGGAUCUCCAGAAAAUAUUUUUAGAUUAA